UUGACCCGUUAGAAAACAACAUUACCCAAAAUGCAUUGAUACGGAUGACUCGACCACUUUGAGGGAACUCUGCGUAACUUUGAGAUCCCGGUGAGGUCCCGGUAUAACGGCCGUCGAGCUCGCUGUUCGUCUGUGAUCACCUGCCAUGCCUGCACCGACUGAGUCCCCUCCGUUUAGACUCGGCGAGUCUCGGUUUGAUCAGGGUGCAUUUCUCGGCAGACUAAGACACUUCCUGGACGUGAUCGACCCUCGCACGCUCUUUGUAUCGGAGAAACGUUUAAAUGAAUGCGUGAAACUCUUGGAUCAGUUCAAAAACGGCGCUCUUCCUCCAGGUGUGACUGAUGUGCAGCUUUGGGAGGCACAGAAGAUUAAACAGGCCAUCAUCCAUCCAGACACGGGAGAAAAGAUCCCCAUGCCCUUUCGCAUGUCAGGUUUUGUGCCCUUUGGUACUCCAGUGGUCGUAGGCCUCCUUUUACCCAAUCAGACAUUUGCUUCCACCGUCUUCUGGCAGUGGCUGAACCAGAGCCACAAUGCCUGCGUCAACUACUGCAACCGCAAUGCAACUAAGCCCACACCGAUGUCAAAGUUUUUCCAGGGUUACCUCGGUGCAGUCAGCAGUGCGGUCACUAUUGCAGUGGGGCUGAAUCUUCUUAUUAAAAGAGCUGAGCAUUUCAGUCCAGCCACAAGAAUCCUGGUCCAGCGGUUCAUCCCGUUCCCUGCUGUUGAUCCACGCGUCGGAGCUGGAGCCAGAGAUCGCUGCUGCGACAGAGUGCCAGAUCCUGACCUACAACAAGGGACUUUAACCGGUCGGAAUGCUCCACGCUGUCCUUCACGGUGCAACUAUAAUGUGAACGGAAAAAUGCAAAGCGUCAUUACAGAUUUUGAUUGCGUCUCACUGGAUUGCUCCCGCUGUGUGUGAAUGUGAAUUCUCUCUGAGCCACACACAGAGACAGACUCACACCAGCGCUAAUCAUCCUCUUUCCGUGCGUUUGAACGUGGAAGUCGCAAAUAGAGGAUUUCAGGAUAUUUACAGCGGCGAAAACAAGUAUUCUUUUGAAUUUCCCCGUGAUGUCAUUUAAAUUUACAUAAUUACCAGCCUUCCCAUUCAAGCGGCUCUGUAUUAUCUGACUACAAAUGACUGAAAAUAAAUGUUUACCAAGUAAUUGUUUUAAAACAAUGAAUAAACAAUCGGUUUUAUUUUAAA